AUGAAUGGGAAUGGUGUAGAGGAAGAAACGGCCUUUGAAAUUGGCGUGGUGGUUCCGAAGAGCAGUGACUGCAUUGAGGUUCUCGUUGAAGAGUUUCGAAAAGCGGGAUUAAUUGUUGACAGAGUUGUUGGCCUUCAGAAUGAAUUCAUCAGGUUGGGAGCGCCAAUUGAAACUCUUGGCAAGGCUGCAGCAGAGUUGCAAUUGAAGAAACGGACUCAUAUCGGUGAUAAUCAUGAAAUCUUUCUUCAGCUUUUGCUUAAUUCUGAGCACACAAUUUUGGUUUCAGGAGUGGAUUUGCAAUUUCACUGGGAUGAGGUUGAAGCAUUUGAAAGGCAGCCAGAUGGCUCGUUGUUUAGUUGGUUUGAACGCUACUGUUGCUACCGCCACAUAAUAUAUGGGAUUGUGAACACAAGCACCUCAACAGUUGUAUUAAAGUCUGAUGGAAUUGAAGUGCACUGGGAGCCAGGAAAGCCUCUUUUGCGAAUAUUGGAGUCAGUGGGCAUUGUUAAAGAAGUGUUCCCUGUGCAUGAUGAAAAAAAGACGAAGCAGCUUCUAAGAAGUUGGGCAUUGAACUGGUGGGACUUCACUGUGCAGCCUAUAGAUGAUAUAUGUAACUAUUAUGGCACGAAGAUAGCUUCCUAUUUUGCGUUUCUUGGGAUGUACACAAAAUGGAUACUUUUUCCAGCUGCGUUUGGACUUACAGUGCAGUUAGUGGAUUUUGGGUCAUUGCAGUUGUUUGUCCUUUCAGCUUUCUUCAUAAGCAUAGUUUCUUGGGCUGUGUUAUUUUUGCAAUUCUGGAAGCGUAAAAACUCCGCGCUUCUUGUCAGGUGGCAGAUGAAUUAUCCGGCUGGUGUAGACAAUGGUUCUAGAUUGUUGGAAGGUGAAUG